AUGAAUAUUACAGCCUACUCUUGGGCUGAAGUAGCCCGAUCGCCCGGUCAUAGCGAUCUUCGUCCUGAUGUGGACGAACGUGGCACCAACGUCAUGACGGCUGGACCCUCAGCUACAAUAAUUGGCUCCGCACCUGAGCCCUUUAGGGGCCACCAGUCUUUGGUCCAGACUGCUGCCGACAAUGACGUGACAAAGGAAAAGGCGGUUCUAAUCGAGCCGACCUUAACAAUUCCGAGUUCAUUAAACGCCGAAAACGUUCACGAUGGGAUCCGCACACUGGAGGCGACUAUUCAGACCCUCAGCAUCGACGUAGGUCGUCGAAGCUCGGAUCUCAUUCAAGCUGAGACCGAGCUCGCUAGCAAAGACCUGGAGAUCUCCGAUCUACAGGCCAAAGCUACCACUCUUCGAGAGCACUUGGCCGCCGCCACGGCCAGAAUGGCAGAUAGAUCUGACAAGGAUGACAUAAUCCGGCAACUGAAAGAUCAGAUCUCCGAGCUACGGGUCUCAUUACAAUCCGGCACCAUAUCCUUGGCACAGCUAUACGGGCCUGAUAGCGUUCAGACCUGGAACGCCAUUGUUAGCAAAGAGACAGGAAUGGGAGGGCUGGACCCCCUUUGUCUCUCUAACAAGCGUCUACUCCGGGGCGCAGAGUCUACCCCGGGUGCUCAAAGAAGCACGACUACUUUGCGAGUAGGACGGUCUCCCAAAGGAGAUCCUGUGGCCAGGAGAGCCACACGUUCCUCCGUCCAAGAGGAACGCUCUGCUGAGCAGGUCUCAGCAGAGUCCAUGCUAGCUGUCGAGGCGGGCUCGUCAACGAAGCCUAGCCAGGACAGUCAAGCUCAGCUUGUGAGGCGUCCCAUAGUCCGGCUUCCCCCAUCGACACCUAACCUUUAUCCUCCUCCGGCUGCGGCCGGCCUAGAUCCUACUCCUGGUGUAAGGAGCGGUGUUCCUUCCAAGAACAAACCGCACAGCCGGGAGGAUGGGGGAAACGAAAGAAAUGGCAGCAAGGGGAGGGCUGGACCUAUCCCUUUGCAUGGCCCUGGGGGGAGCCGGAGUCCCCCUCUUAAAGGGAAGGCUAUUGGUAGACUCAAUAAGAGAGGAAAGAAACAAGGCGUAGCGGCGGGGGAGCCGCAGCCUUACACAGCACGGGGGAGCUAA